AUGUCAUCAUCAGAUGGCAUUCCCUCACCUUCAAAGGAACCAACAAAGGCCCACAUCGUUGAUAUCCUCCGCGGUUUUUGCACCGGAGACCUCGGGGACCUCUCCCCCUCCCAGUUCCGCCGCGUCAGCGAACUCCAAUGCGAAACUGUGAAGGAGGAGAAUGCGAUAUCGGAGGAGUUGUCGGAGUGGCAAGAGGGGGCGAGUGAGCUGAUGGGGGCAUGCACGAAUCUGGAUAUGAAGAUGGGUCGGCUGGUGAGCGUGUUGAAGAAGGCGGAUGAUCUGAGGCUGAGAACGGUGAGGAAGGUGGUGGAGUUGCUGACACCACAGCAGGCUGUGGAGUUUUUGAUUGCUGCUGCUGAGUUGCAGUUUGGGGUCCGUGGCUGGGGAAUGAAUCAGGACCGUCAACGUGGGAAUGUCUGA